AUGGGAGCAUUGAACCAGCCAAUGCGCCUCUUUCCGUUUAUCUGCGUCGUGCUCUUGAUCACUGCUGUGUCGACCGAGGAAUAUCCGGAUCUUGGACGACCCAAAGGCACAUACUGCCAGUCGACGAAGGAAUGUGAGGCGGGCCUGAAAUGUUGCAUGCUGUGCCCAGCCGACGUGGAUUGCGGCGCGCGGCGAAUUGCUCUGCGGGACUGGGCAUGCUUCCCAGCCCAAGCUCAAGCC